GACCAAUCCAUCUGCCCUCAGGAUCAUGUCAUCAGCCUUUCAGGGUGUGGUCAAGAGUGUGAUCAAGGAGGUGGACCCCAGAGGAGAGCUCAUCCCAGUGGACAGCCUUCGGAAUUCUUCCAGCAUCCGGCCCUACUGUCUCUUGAGUAAGAAACUCUCUAGCUCAUUGUUCUGGAGACCCCGUUAUACAUGCGUCAACCUGUCAAUCAAGGACAUCCUGGAACCCAAUGCUCCAGAACCAGAACCAGCUUGUCAUGGCUGCUACCACUUCUCCGAUGCCGUCGACGGGAAUGUUCAGGGCAGCGUGGCGCUGUCAGGCACAGGACAAGGGGAAAUUUCUGGUGGGGCUGCAGUGUCUAACAGUUCCAGUGCCUCGGUGAACGUGUGCAUACAGCGUGUGACUCAGAAUACCUGGGAUAUCAUGCAGCUUGAGAGGCACCUGCGGCAGCCCGAAAACAAAACCCUGCAACAGCUUCGGAGUUGUGGGGUUAACCUGUUUGUGGUGACAGAGGUGCUGCAGACCCUGGAGGAGGUGCAGCUCACCCGGACCCACAGCAAAGAGGGCUCCGGCCAGUUUGCAGUGCCUGGAGUUAUAUGCUUUCAGGGUGAAGGUAAGGGCCAACGGAGUUGGAAGAGGACCGUGACCAUUCCUGCGGGCAGCGUCCUUGCAUUCAAAGUGGCCCAGCUGCUCAUCGACCCUAAGUGGGGUGAGUGUCGAGGGGCUGUCUCUAGAGCCCAGGCUGUGUGGCACAGAAAGCAGGGAAAUCUGAGCGGCUUAAAUAUUCUUCUCUUCCCCAAUGAGAAACAGAGGACCUUUGAGCUGUCCCCUUCAGGCAACAGAAGAGAAGAUAGCCAGGGGCGUCAUGCCUUUGGCCUGCGUGGCAUACUAGGAGCCAUCUGUGAGGCACCGAUGGUGCUCCCAUCUGCCACUAUAGAUGGGAGCUAUGAGGAAGAAGAGAUCAGUGAAGACUUCCAAGGCCUGUGUGCAGAGGUGAAAGCUUCCUCCACAGUACUGGGAUGCUUAGACAUGGAGUUGAGACAGCAGCUACUGGUGGCCAUUGGGAAAAUUUUACAGGACCAGCCCAGCAUGGAAGCCUUGGAGACCUCACUGGAGCAGGGCCUGUGCAGUGGCGGGAAGGUGGAGCCUCUGGAGGGCCCAGCAGGCAGCAUUCUCGAGUGUCUGGUGUUCGAGACUGGAGAACUGGAGAUGAAACUCGCUGCCCCUGUCUUCUACCUGCUGGAAGCAUUGAGUACGCUGAGUGAAACCCAGCAGCAGCUGCUUGCUAAGGCUCUGGAGACGACGAUGAUGACGACAGUGCUGUCAAAACAGCUAGAGUUGGUGAAGCAUAUCUUGGAACAGACCACCCCGUGGCAGAAUCAGAGUUCUGUGCCCCUGCCCGCCAGGCUCCUUGGGGACAGCUGGGAUGAGGAGGAUCCCACCUGGGUCUUGCUGGAAGAAUGUGGCCUCAGGCUGCAGGCGAACCCUCCCCAGGUGCACUGGGAACCAGAGUCUCAGGGUCCCACGUGUGCACUCUGUGCCUCCCUAGACCUAUUGGCAGGUCUAAGCCAGAAACCUUGCUAGCCUGCUGGCCUUCCUUCGCCCAGCAUCCUCAUGCCCUACCCUCCCACAAAGGCAGAAACUUGCCUAACCCAGCCCCUAAGAAAGCCAAGAGCCCAACUCAGUCACACAGCCAGAACGCAAUGAGACCCACGAGUUGGGAAAACUCAAUAAAUGUGCAAAGAAAAGAAAAGUGACUGAGUUUUUGAAG